GUCCCCUGUAACCCCGUGUGCCGAUGCGCGCAGGCGCCGACGCGGCCGGCUCGGCCGUACACACCUGCGUGCACCGGCGCCACCGGCGCUUCGAGGCGCUGCGCACGCUCGUGCUGGCCGACAAUCAGCUGACUGAGGUGCAGCUGAACCAGCCGCGGCACGAGAUGGACGGCGCCUCGCCCGCGGUGAGCGGAAGCAACACAGUGCUACGUCGGCGCCACCACGAGCGCGCCCGCCUCAUGUUCCCCAACCUGUCGAUGCUGGACCUGAGCAAAAACCAGCUGCACAGCGUGCCGGCGAACAUCCACGAGCUCACCAACUUGUCCGUGCUCAACAUCAGCGGCAACGAGGGGAUCUGCGAGCUGCCACCGCAGAUGGGCCUGCUGAACCGGCUGUGGAACCUGAACACGCGCGGCUGCUCGCUCCAGGAGCCGCUCAAGACCAUGAUCGACUCCAACAAGUACAAGACCAUGGACGUCGUCGGCUACCUGAAGUCGGUUCUGGAGGACGCCCGGCUCUACGCCCGGAUGAAGCUGAUGAUCGUCGGCGUGCAGGGCAUCGGCAAGACGUCGUUGCUGGAGCAGCUGCGGGCCGAGGGCACCGGGUCCUACAAGAAGCGGCCGCCCGAGCACUGGGCGAAGCGCAUGGGCAACAAGAACAUGAACCUGAAGACGGCCACGGGCACGACGCUGAGCACAGUGGGUGUCGACAUCGGGGACUGGGUGUACGAGAAGAGGGUGCGCGGCCACAGCUCGCACGGACCCGUCACGUUCCGGACGUGGGACUUUGGCGGCCAGCGGGAGUACUACGCCACGCACCAGUACUUCCUGUCGCGGCGCAGCCUGUACCUGGUGGUAUGGCGCAUCCCCGAUGGUCAGAAGGGCGUCAACAACAUCCAGCAGUGGCUCGUCAACAUACAGGCGCGCGCACCCAACUCGCCUGUCAUCAUCGUGGGCACGCACUACGACCUGAUCCGGGACAAGUACCCAGCCAACUACUGCGAGGACCUGCAGCGGCUCAUCCGCGACCGGUUCAUCAGCCUGGUGGACGCCGACAAAUGUGGCCUGCCGCGCGUGCUGGACACCAUCGAGGUCAGCUGCAAGACCCGCCACAACAUCCGCCUGCUCUGCAACCUCAUCUACGACACCGUCUACAGCCUGAAGUCGCCCGGGAGCAAGGAGCGGCUGCUGGACCAGCGCAUCCCGGCCACCUACCUAGCCCUGGAGGACGUCAUCUCCUACCUGGCGACCGAGCGUCACUUCCAGGGUCGUGACCCGGUGCUGAGGGGCGAGCAGUACCGCGCCCUGGUGAUCCGCGAGAUGGCCAGCCGGUUCGACCUGCGCUUCCGGGACACGGCCGAGCUGAACCAGGCGACGGCGUUCCUGCACGAGAACGGUGUGGUGCUGCACUACGACGACGCGACGCUGAAGGACCUGUACUUCCUGGACCCGCAGUGGCUGUGCGACAUGCUCGCCCACGUCGUCACUGUGCGCGAGAUCAACCCGUUCGCCAGAAACGGCGUGAUGCGGUUGGAGGACGUCUCCCUGGUGUUCAAGUCGUCCACGUGCGCGCCGGCCGACGCCAAGUCGUACAUGAUCUCGCUGCUGGACAAGUUCGAGGUGGCGGUGACGUGGGACGGUCGCACGCUGCUUAUCCCCAGCCUGCUACCCUCCGAGGAGAUGCUGCGUGGCGGCGUGCCCGGCAUGGAUGUCAGGAUCCCCGUGCGGUCCCGCGCCUGGGGCCUGCGGAAGAAGUCGGCCGCAGCGCCGCCGGCGGACGACGGCCAGCCGGCGCCAGGGUCCGAUGGCCAGUGUACGGUGAGCCGGCGAGCGGUGCCCCAAGCCGCCGUCCGCCGCCUCCUCAUCAUGACCUACUUCCCGAGCGGCUUCUGGUCGCGCCUGCUCACCCGCCUGCUGGCCGACGACGUCAUCGUGGACGUCAUCCGGGCCUUCUUCCUGGUGCCGCGACAGGUGCAGCAGGACGCCGUGCUGUCGUCGGUGCUGGCCGGGCCGGCCGAGUGGCGCUGCUGGCAGACGGGCAUCGAGCUCCAGUACGCCAACACCACGCUCAUCCGCAUCCGCGAGCUGCUCGGAUACCUGCGCUACUCGCCCGACUACAGGAAGAUGAGACUGCUGGCCUGUCAGGAGGGACAGUGGCAGGAGGUGCUGACCUCGAGCGCGGCCGUGUUGGAGGUGACGCUACCCAACGAGACCAUUGUCAUCCGACGAUCGCUACCGCAGGCGGAUGACCCGGCCGCCUUCGGCAUUCAGUCGGUGGUGCUGGAGCCCAACCCGGAGUGCGCCUCCAAGCUGCUGGCGAUGGCCGUCGACCACAUUGACACCCUGCUGGAGGACUGGUACCCCGCGCUCGGCACGCGGUUCGUACACACGUCGGAGGGUCGGCUGCUGGUGACGCGGCUGCUGCCGUGCCCGGCCUGCCUGCCGGCCGCCGCUGACGACGCCGAUGGGAUGGAGCCGCCGCCCUCGCCGCCGCCGCCGCCGCCGCCCUCGCCGCCCCCCUCGCCGACUCUACCCGCUGACCAGGAGUGCAUCCUGGUCAGCUACAGCAGCCGGCACGUGCAGUGUCCGGCGCACGGGCCGCUGCUGCUGGCCCAGGUGGCGCCCGACACGGUGUUCCUGGACGUGGGCGAGCGGCGCCUGGUGCGGCCGGAGAGCAUCCAGCGCGGCCCGAUGCUGGGCCGCGGCGCGUUCGGCUUCGUGUUCCGCGCCUCGUGCCGCAGCCGCCACGACGGCAGGAUGAUGGACGUGGCGUGA